GCUACUGAGCGUCGCCCAGGAAAACGACCCACUGCCGGCGGCUCUGUGCAGAACUGGCUCCUCAGGCGCCUGCCAGCGAGGCCAUCGCUGGGGAGGGGGAAGGGAGCGCCGAGGGCCAGGUGCCUGCGCUCUGACCGACCUGGGCGGAGGGGCCCCGGGCAGAAAACCAAGCGGCACGGGGAAGGGGGGACACGCCCCGGUCUCGGGGGCACAGAGGGGUUCUUCACAGAGCCAGGCCAUCCGCAGUGCGUUCAGACCAUUCUCUCCGUGUUUGUAA